AUGAAGGAGUCCAGUCUGUACCGGUUCAAGGACAUCAAGCCGGUGGUGAACGCGAAGGAGUUGGUGGACGUGGUACUCUCAAGGACGCAAAGAAAAACUCCCACGGAAAUCCACAAGGGAUUCAAAAUAACGAGAAUAAGGAACUUCUACAUGAGGAAGGUAAAAAUGUGCCAGGAGCUAUUCCGAGAAAAGUUACAAACAAUAAUAAACGAUUUUCCCAAACUAGACGAUAUCCAUCCCUUCUAUUCUGAUUUGGCUAAUAUAUUGUACGACAGGGACCAUUACAAGUUAGCCUUGGGACAAUGUAGUUAUGCAGUAAAAUCAGUAAAGCGCAUUUGUCAGGAUUAUAUAAAAUUAUUAAAAUUCAGUUCAUCUCUUUACAAAUGUAAGAUGCUAAAAAUCAGUGCUCUAGGACGUAUGUGUAAAAUGGUAAAGAAAUUACAACCCAGUUUAAUUUACUUAGAAGAAGUCAGACAGAACUUAACCCGGCUCCCAUCCAUAAAUCCUCAUAAGAAAACCAUAUUAUUAGCUGGUGCUCCUAAUGUAGGGAAAUCUUCAUUUAUUAAUAUUGUCUCUAGAGCUAAUGUUGAGGUGCAACCAUAUUCCUUUACCACAACAAAUCUGUACGUAGGUCAUUUCGACCAUAAAUUAAACAGGUUCCAAGUUAUUGACACUCCAGGGUUGCUAGACCGAUCAUUAGAAAAUAGAAACACCAUAGAAAUGACAACCAUCACUGCACUAGCACACAUUAAUGGAGUUAUCCUUUUUAUUAUCGAUAUUAGUGAGGAAUGUGGCAUGUCCAUUAAGGAGCAGGUUAAUCUUUUUCACUCUAUUAGAACUCUUUUUCGAAACAAAUCUGUCGUAAUUGGCUUUAAUAAAAUCGACAAAACGAAUUUGGAUAGUCUCUCUGUUGAUAAUAAAAUGCUCAUCAAAGAAAUUCUGGACGAUGCUAAGGUUCCCGUGAAAUUCUGCUCCUUCAGUACACUCACCGGGGUCGGUGUGGAAGAAGCAAAGGAGGUCGCUUGUGAUAUGCUUAAAAGUGAUCAGACUGCCGAAUUUCAGCUGAAUCGAGAAAAUUUACUUAACGCAAAGUUUGGUGAGCGUAAAGUCAACCAGGAACGCGCGCCUUUCAUUCCGGAGUCUGUCAUCCGCGAACGCCAGGAGAGGAAAGAGCGGGAGGAGCGAGAGAAGGCCGCGAAGGAUGGGAAAGCAAUGCAGGGUAACGAAGAUGACGCCACGAAGACGGUCAACUCGGUAGACGCGGAUGGAAACAUUGUCACUGACAAGACAGUUCCGCUCACGAUGCGAGAAGCCAAGCUGAAGAAGAAGAAUAAGUCCAGGCAGAGCUACCUGAGCAAUCGCAAAGAUGACCGUGUCCUGCAAAUCGACCUGCAAAACGAGCGCGGAGGUGCAGGUGUCUACUCUGUAGACGUGAGAAGCGUGUAUGACAUAAAGGAGGAACACAAAUAUGAUGUAAUCCCCGAAAUAUACAACGGAAAAAAUAUCAGCGAUUUUGUAGAUUUGGAUAUAGAGCAGAAGUUACUAGAAUUGGAAAAGGAAGAGCAGGAACUGUUCGAUCAAGACGCAGAGAUCGACCCCAUGUGGUUUAAAACGAAAAGAAUUUUGGAGCGCAUGGCCCUCCGACUAAAGGGACUGAAACUCAAUGCCAAGUUAAAUGAGGAGAAGCAACCAUUGUAUCACAAGAAGAACAAAACAAUUGACGAAAUGGGCAAAAAAUUGGAUACUCUCAAAUUGGACAAGGAAAAGAUACUCGAAAGUAUGACCGAACGGGCCAGAAGAAAGGGCACACUAAAGGAAGCGGCCAAGAAUAAUGGUUCGAAGAAGGGAUCUACCAAAAGCCUCCUGAACGCGCAGAAAGUGAAGAAGGAUAUUUGCAAGAAGAAACAAAUUAAGGAUAACGUGUAUGGAGACCCAACCAAAAAGUCCAAGAUUUUCCAGAGCACAUCAACCGAGUUACAGAGGAAAAAGGCCUACAAGCUUAACAAAGUUGCGUACAGGAAAAUCGAAAAAGGAACAAAGGGUGAAGCGGACCGCUCGAUUCCUGCGAAGAAACCGCGACACUUAUUUUCGGGAAAGAGAUCCAUAGGAAAAACCUCCCGACGUUGA